UCACUAGACACAUAUUUGUUUUGAAAUCACAACACAGAAGAAGCAAAACUUGUCACACAAUAAUUAUCAUAAUUAGAUCUAUCUAGAUCUAGUCUAUUUAUGCCAAUUAUGCUAUACCAGAUCAAGAUCUACUCGUAGAUUUAGAUCUAGAAUAUAGAGACUCCUAUUUAGAAUUUAGAUUUAAUUUUAGAUCUAUUUACACUACACGCCAGUCUAGACUAGUCUAAGUCUAAGUCUCUAGGCUCUAGGCCAUCUGGCAUCUGUCACUUCUACUUCUGUGGUACCGAAGAAUAGAGAAUGAUUAUGAGAAGAGCCACUUCACUAUGCUUUCAGAAUGCAGCUGCAAGAAUUCUGUUUCACAAAAGAAUCUUGUUACCUUGUCUUUCAUCAAAAUUCUUUUCUAGCUUUCAGUAUCAACAGAAAAGUACCCAUACAUUGCACAAUAAAUAUUUUAAGAUGACAUCAUUCUAUAUUGCAACACAAUUGACAGCUAAUAAAAAAAGUUAUUCACAUUUUACUAAAAGUGCUGAAAAAUCUAAGAUUAAAGAUUUUAUUAAAAGUUUCAAUGGCAAGACUCUAAGUAUAAAAUGGGAGGAUGAAUUUCAAUACGAAUUUCAUAGUGUAUGGCUGAGACAUAAUUGCCACUGUGAAAGUUGCAGACAUCCGAAUGGUCAAAGACUGUUAGAUCCCAGCAGUGUUCAAACAAGUACUUAUCUUGCAAACUUAAACCUGGAAGGGGAUAACCUGAACAUUAUAUGGACAAACUCUUUUGGCCAGCAUCAUGGUGUUGUCCCACUAAACUUUUUAAGAAGUCACACUUAUGAUAAAACAUCUUUAUUAGCCAGAAGACAAGCUGCCAAAAAUGGUUACCCUUGCUCUAAAAUUCCUAACAUUAGUUUUUUAGAAGUAAACAGUUCUACACUUGGACUUCUAAAAUUGCUUCAACAAAUAAAUGAAGAUGGAUUAAGUAUUAUUGAAGGUGUCCCUUUAGAAGAUCUGAAGGUUGUGGAGAUUGCCAAUCUCAUUGGCCCAGUCGAAGCUACUAUUUAUGGAACAACUUUUGAUGUAGAGGUGACUAAAGAACCAAUUAAUGUGGCUUAUUCAAACCUAGAAAUUGAUCUACAUCAAGACUUAGUUUAUUACGAAUCACCUCCAGGACUACAGCUGCUUCAUUGCUUAAAGUUUGACAGUAGUGUUCAAGGAGGAGAAAGUAUUUUCUUAGAUGUAUUCCACAUUGCUGACCAGUUUAGACUCACUCACCCAGACCUGUUCAAAGUGUUAGUAGAAGUACCAGCAACCUUCCAGAAAGUUCAUUAUAACAGGGACUAUCCAGUUCAUAUUGUUAAUCAAAAGCCCCACAUCAAGUUGAAUCAUUAUGGAGAGAUAGUUGCAGUGUAUUGGGCUCCACCAUUUGAAGGACCUCUCUCUGUUGCUGAGGAAGAUGUUGAACGCUAUUACACUGCAUAUGAGAUGUUUGCAAAAACCGUAAAGAGCUCUCUUAACCUGCUGAGGCACAGAUUACAACCUGGACAGCUUGUGGUUUUUAAUAAUCAAAGAAUGCUACAUGGCCGCACAGGUUUUCAGACCAAUGGCGGAUUGAGGCAUUUGAAGGGCUGCUACAUCAACAUUGAUGUUUUCAAGAGUAGAACACAGGUGUAUAACAAUCUCUAUGGAGAUAAAAGACUGGCCAAACGUGUUGGUAACCAAUGUUGGUUUUGAAAAAAGAAAACAAUUACUGGAGCUCUAUAAUUUGGAAUCUUGGUGGACAGAUUGAUUCUUUACAAGAUUUAAACCUUGAUCAUUCAAAUUUCAGUUGAUUGGCUACCAAUAAAUGUUUUAUUCAUC